UGGUAUCUCGUCAGUCGUUAUUUCUAAGUCGUGUGUCGCACGUCGGAUCCGGUCGGCGCAGCCAUGGCAGUUUUAACUCUUCUACAUUUCGGCAUUUUGUUGAUUGUGCAAGGUACACUAGGAAUACCAUGGAGUGCUAGACCUGCAGCAAGGUACGCGGGAUACGAUUUGGAACGAGGGCCGGUACUAUAUGAAGCUUAUUAUCCCGAGGAACAGGAGGCCGAAAGUCAACCGGCGAAUACGUAUCAAGAAAAGAGAUAUUUCGAUCGCCCAAUUGUGCCCGAAAUAUCUUAUCAGAUACCAUCUGACCCGUACGAACUUCCGUAUCACUCUGAGGUGCCAUCAAAUCGUGAUGAAUAUUACCAGCCAAAUUCUGGACAUUUCUCUGCCUUUACCAGAACUAGACCUCAAACUGUACAGAGGAACAACGACGAGCAACGGGUAGAAGAGUAUUUCCUUGGCGGGCAUUCGGUGAACGGAUUUCCGGUAAGAGAGAAUUUGGGAUCUUCGAUCGUCAAGGAUUAUUCAUUCAGCGAAUCUCAGCAAAGUCCUUAUUAUAUCAACCAAGAUCGGGAAGAGUCUCCGAUUGUCGAAGAAAACGAAAUGGAUAUUGAAGACGAGGUUCAACGCAUAGUGCCGAUUGACGAUCAAUUCAUUUUUGGGGAGCGACCGGUGAAGAAAGUACUGGACUUUACGGAGUCCUUCAGGAAUCCGAAUCAAAACGAGGUAUUCAAUGCUCAGAGCGUUGAUUCUGAGCUAAAUGUUCGAAAACAGAUUCAACCACUGCCGAUGGAAAAUAUUUUUGAGCCGCGACCGCAGGUAAUCAACUAUGUGUUUUCUACACCGAAAAACCCAAAUGUUUUAAAACCAGUUCUUGACAUUACACCGGAAUUCGAGGAGAAUGAUUGGCCAAGAAAUUAUGGCGAUAAUUUGAUUCAAGAUGAAAUAAGACAGGCGGAUGAAAAAGAGUUGAAGCAACAAGAAGCCAAGAUUGAUUCCAUAGAAGUGAGUCAAGUACCGCAUCACAAAAUACGGCACCACCAUGGAGAACGGUCCAAACGAAAUUACGUGCACCAGUAGGCAAUAAUAUCUGUCAAGCAUGCGGGGAAGUAAGCAAUCUAUUAACAAAUACUGAUAAAAAGUGCGAAUAAAAUCAGACGGUGUACCGUAGCUGUGUUAAAAUAUUUAUACCCAUUUAACCAGUUAGAUUUCCUUCAAGUUCCAAGGAACUCAUCUGCCUUCUCUCCGGUCGGGGAAAGUGGCACGUCUGAAGGAUUGUGAAGUACGAACAUUGAAUGCGUAGGUCCUUCUGAACAGAUCAACUUUUAUUAAUAUUGUAUAAUAGGAUGAUAUUUCUAUGACAUUAUAUAACAACUAUUAAUUUUUAUUCUAUUUAUAUACUAACAAUAACGACUUUCUAUUACUAGAUAUUUAAACACAUGAAUUAAUAAAGAGUUAUCCACACAUUGAAAUAUUCCUCAAAAUCACUUUCCUAGACACGUAGAAUACAUAGAACAUGUGUAUCGUGUAGAAUGACUGAUAGUUGUUUCGAAAAAUUUUGAUGACAUUUCUAAUUGUAA